AUGGCAGAUCAGCAUGGAUACCCGGCAGAGAUCCCCGUUGAGGCGACCCCGCUCCUUCCAACUCUUUCUAGCCACCAACGACCGAAGAAACUAUCGAGCAAGAAGAAAACUUUUGGGAACAUUGUAAUCUCAAUUGUCGGCGCGGGAGUGCUGGGCCUGCCGUAUGCUUUCAAGGAGAGCGGUUACCUGCUCGGCUCAAUAUGCAUCGUGGCUGCAGGGGCGCUGGCCUGGUACUGCAUGAUGCUACUGAUCAAAUGCGCGGCCAAGCUGAAAGAGCAGAACCACGAGGUGCACACCUACGGAGACCUGGGCUUCCAUUCGCUGGGGAACUUUGGGCGGCAGUUGACCGACGUAACGGUCGUCAUCUCCCAGGGGGGGUGCUGCGUCGCGUACCUAGUUUUCAUAGCCGAAAACCUGUGCACGCUAGUUCCCUUGCCCAAGACCCCGGUCAUCCUCCUCCUGAUCCCCUUCCAAACCCUCCUUUCCUGGGCGGUGGAUUGGUGCGUGCUUUUGAGCCAGAGCGGGUUUUGCGUCGCUUACCUGGUUACGAUUGCGGGGAACGUCGGGUCUGCGCUGCACUUGUCGGGGGUCGCGGUUGUUGCGAGCAUUGUGCCGCUGCAAAUCUUGCUGUCGUGGAUACGAUCCUUGACAGGCCUCGCGCCUUUCUCGAUCGUCGCCGACGUCUUCAUGGCGAUCGCCAUGGCUGUCGUCAUCAAGGACGACGUGGCAGUCAUUGGACCGUCCAGCUUCAGCCACGUGCACGCCUUCACCUCACUUUCGAAAGCGCCGUUCGUAAUCGGCGUCGCGGUUUACUGCUUCGAGGGGUUUGCCAUGACUCAGCCAAUCGAGCAGUCGAUGAAGGAGCGGAAAAGCUUUGGAUGGGUGCUCGGGUUAGCGAUCGGGUUAAUCACGUUCGUGUACCUGUCGUUCGGGAUGAUCGGGUACCUGGCCUAUGGCGAGGCGACGCGGGACAUUAUCACGUUAAACUUGCCCCACGACUGGACCACCAUAGCGGUCAAGCUGGGGCUCUCGGUCGGCCUUUUCUUCACUUUCCCGGUUAUGAUGGUGCCCGUAUACGAGAUCGCUGACCGGCGGCUUAUGAGCUUCUCGUGGUUCCGUCAGUACGUCGAGCCUUCACCCAGGCUCCGGACUGCCCUCUUCCGCACCGCCCGAGCGCUUAUCGUGCUCCUCGCCGCAUAUAUCGCCAUCUCGGUUCCGGGGUUCGGUAUUUUCAUUUCUUUGGUCGGGAGCACAGUGUGCGCUAUGCUAGCGUUCGUCCUUCCGGGCUUGUUUCAUUUGAAAACCUUUGAGGGGGAGCUAACUUGGUUCGCACGAGUAUUUGAUUAUUUGUUGAUUGCUUUUGGCACCACCUUCGGUGUCGUAGGAACUUUUAACACGCUCGCGUCUAUUGUUGAGUCGCGUCAUUGAGGGUGAUUGCGAUUUGCCGGAAGGAUGCAGGUGAAAGAGGUCAAGUAGUGUUAGAUAGCGUAUUGUAGCAGCGUGGAAGAGAGACUACUCUGGCGUGCAUUCGUCUGGCGUGCAUUCGACAAAGGUCUACGGCCGUUCCGUGCAGCCACAUGCACGGAUCUGGACCCCGGGAGAUUAGUAAGCUAACAAUUCAUCAAGACAUUUUUUCUUGACCUGACUUACUGUGAGGCUGUAGCCGUUGUCCUACAUCAUUAAUACCGGAAAAUUCCUCUUGCAAUUGCCUGAGCCACACUGGUUGCGUGCGGCGCACCAGACACGACGG